GGGCCGCUCUGCGCGAGGUUGGCCUGUGGGCCGCGCAUCUGGCGCGACUGGAGAGCAGGCGGCGCGUCCCUGGAGGUCUCCUCCCUCGGAACUCCGCGGCUGAACGUCGGAGCCUGCCCUUGGCCCCUCUGCAGUCCGAAGGUUCCAGCUUCUGGAGUCCUGGAGGCGGUGGCGGCCCAGGAAGGAGCAGCAGCGCCGGGGAGGAAAAUUCUUCCAAGGAUGGUCUCCCACUCAGAGUUGAGGAAACUUUUCUGUUCAGCUGAUGCAGUGUGCUUUGAUGUUGACAGCACAGUCAUCAGAGAAGAAGGAAUUGAUGAACUGGCCAAAUUCUGUGGAGUUGAGGAUGCCGUGUCAGAAAUGACGCGGCGCGCCAUGGGCGGGGCAGUGCCUUUCAAGGCGGCGCUCACAGAGCGCUUAGCUCUGAUCCAGCCCUCCAGGGAGCAGGUGCAAAGGCUCAUAGCAGAGCACCCACCACACCUGACCCCAGGCAUAAGGGAGCUUGUAAGUCGCCUACAGGAGCGAAAUGUUCAGGUUUUCUUGAUAUCUGGUGGCUUUAGGAGCAUCGUGGAGCAUGUUGAUUCAAAGCUCAAUAUCCCAUCAACCAAUGUAUUUGCAAACAGGCUGAAAUUCUACUUUAAUGGUGAAUAUGCAGGUUUUGAUGAGAUGCAGCCCACAGCUGAAUCUGGUGGGAAAGGAAAAGUUAUUAAGUUUUUAAAGGAAAAAUUUCAUUUUAAGAAAAUAGUCAUGAUUGGAGAUGGAGCCACGGACAUGGAAGCUUGUCCUCCUGCUGAUGUCUUCAUUGGCUUUGGUGGAAAUGUGAUCAGGCAGCAGGUGAAGGACAACGCUGACUGGUACAUCACUGACUUUGUGGAGCUUUUGGGAGAACUGGAAGAGUAAUAGCAACUUUUUGCAGCGCAUAAUUAACUUCAGGUUAAUUUUUAAGAGUUAUACAGUUUGAAUACUGUUUACUUACAAUUACUUAUUACAACUUAAUGUGCAAAUUUGAUACUGAGUAGCUAGACUUCCAAGUAAAACUACAGUUAGGGCUCCUAGAAAAUUGUCAUUAAGCUAUAUUUCUAGUAUUAUGACCAUUAAUUGCCUGGAGAGUUUUAUAAUCUGACUUGUGUGUUUUCCUAGCUGUAUUUUAUUUGAAGUCUUUGAAAGGUGGAUAGUAAAUUAAACGCCUUCACUACUGAAAAUAUGGAUUAGGCAGCUUUAAGUGAAUAUUGGUUUUCGCUUUGUUAUAUAAAUAAAAGUUUAUCAUAUAUCAGAACAAAUUUGUGGUAUUUUCA